AGCAUUCAAGCAGUUAUGGCAAUCAUCUGCAACACUAGUGUAAUAUAUCUACUUCUCUUACUUUCUUGUUUUCGCUUUGAGUUUUGUGGCGCCUUAGACACCAUUACAUCUGUCAAGUUCAUCAAAGAUCCCCAAACUAUAGUCUCCAAUAGAAGUGUCUUCAGACUGGGUUUCUUUAGCCCUGAUGGUUCAACUAAUCGCUAUGUUGGAAUCUGGUACAACACCACUUCUUUAUUCACUGUCAUAUGGAUAGCUAAUAGAGACAAACCCCUCAAUGAUUCUUCUGGGAUUGUGAUGAUAUCUGAAGAUGGUAAUCUUCUGGUUCUGAACAGCAUGAAAGAGAUUUUCUGGUCUUCAAAUGUUUCAAGUGCAGCCCUAAAUUCAAGUGCUCAGCUUCUAGAUUCUGGAAACCUUGUUUUGCAAGAUAAAAACAGUGGAAGGAUCAUGUGGGAGAGUUUCCAACAUCCUUCUAACUCAUUUGUGCAAAACAUGAAACUUAGAAGCAACAUAAAAACAGGUGAGAAGCAACUACUAACAUCAUGGAAAAGUCCUUCAGAUCCAUCCAUCGGAAGCUUCUCUGCAGGAAUUUCUCCAUCAUACCUUCCUGAGUUAUGUAUCUGGAAUGGAAGUCAUCUGUACUGGCGCAGUGGUCCAUCGAAUGGUCAGACCUUUAUUGGAAUACCCAACAUGAAUUCAGUUUUUCUUUAUGGAUUUCAUCUAUUCAAUCAUCAAAGUGAUGUUUAUGCAACCUUCUCUCAUGAAUAUGCAUCUAUCCUGUGGUACUAUAUCUUGACUCCUCAAGGAACAUUAUUGGAAAUAAUUAAGGAUGGCAGCAUGGAUAAGUUGAAGGUUACAUGGCAGAACAAGAAAUCCAAGUGUGAUGUUUAUGGUACGUGCGGGGCAUUUGGCAUCUGUAAUUCAAAGAAUUCACCAAUUUGUAGCUGUUUGAGAGGGUAUCAGCCAAAGUAUACAGAGGAAUGGAAUAGCAGGGAUUGGACUGGUGGAUGUGUGAAGAAGAAACCAUUGACAUGUGAGAAGAUGAAUGGUAGCAGGGAAGACGGCAAAGUGGAUGGAUUUAUUAGGCUAACAAACAUGAAAGUGCCAGAUUUUGCAGAGUGGUUACCUGGUCUUGAACAUGAAUGCAGAGAAUGGUGCUUGAAAAAUUGUUCCUGCAUGGCCUAUUCAUAUUAUACUGGCAUUGGGUGUAUGUCAUGGAGUGGCAACUUAAUUGAUGUACAAAAAUUCGGUAGCAGUGGGACAGAUCUUUAUAUUCGUGUUGCAUACUCUGAACUAGCCGAACAGAGAUGCAUGAAAGUAAUUGUUGCUAUUGCAUUGAUUAUAGGAACAAUUGCAAUUGCCAUUUCCAUCUGCACAUAUUUCUCAAGAAGGUGGAUUUCCAAACAAAGAGCAAAGAAGGAAACAAGGGAAGAGAUGCUAUCAUUGUGUAGAGGGGAUAUAUAUCCAAACUUUCCAGAUUCACAAAUACUUGGAGACGAUGUGAACCAAGUUAAACUUCAAGAGCUACCACUUCUUGAUUUUGAGAAGCUAGUGAGUGCAACAAACAACUUCCACGAGGCCAAUAAGCUCGGGCAGGGUGGUUUUGGUUCAGUAUACAGGGGAAAAUUUCCAGGAGGACAAGAUAUAGCAGUAAAAAGACUGUCAAGAGCAUCUGCACAAGGGUUGGAAGAAUUUAUGAAUGAAGUGGUGCUGAUUUCUAAACUCCAACACCGGAACCUUGUGAGACUCCUCGGCUGCUGCUUUAAAGGAGAGGAAAAGAUAUUGAUCUAUGAAUACAUGCCCAAUAAAAGCUUGGAUGCCUUUCUCUUCGAUCCUCUCAAGAAAGAAUCUCUAAAUUGGAGGAAACGGUUUAGCAUUAUUGAAGGGAUUGGAAGAGGCCUCCUUUACCUUCACAGGGAUUCUAGAUUAAGAAUUAUUCAUCGAGAUCUAAAGGCAAGUAAUAUUUUGUUGGAUGAAGACUUGAAUCCUAAAAUUUCAGAUUUUGGUAUGGCCAGGAUUUUUGGACGAAAACAAGAUCAAGCCAAUACUGUAAGGGUGGUUGGAACAUAUGGGUAUAUGUCUCCUGAGUAUGCAAUUGAAGGGCGAUUUUCAGAAAAAUCCGAUGUAUUCAGCUUUGGUGUACUGUUAUUAGAGAUUGUAAGCGGGAGAAGGAACUCUAGUUUUUAUCACGAUGAGCAGUCUUUGAGCCUUUUGGGAUAUGCAUGGAAGCUAUGGAACGAAGACAACAUGGAAGCACUAAUAGAUGGAAGUAUAUCAGAAGCAUGCUUUCAAGAAGAGAUAUUGAGAUGCAUACAUGUGGGACUGUUAUGUGUUCAAGAGUUGGCAAAAGAUAGGCCAUCCAUUUCAACUGUUGUUCCAAUGCUUUGCAGUGAAAUUGCACAUCUCCCUCCCCCAAAGCAACCUGCAUUUACUGAGAGGCAGAUUGGUAAGGAUACAGAGUCCUCUCAACUGCGCCAAAGGAAGUAUUCUGUGGACAGAGCCACUAUUACAGUCAUUCAUGGCCGGUAGCAUGCAAUUUUGAGACAGUUAUUUAUUUAUUUAUGUAUUUUGUAAUAAACGUUCAACUGGA